CCAGAUGGUACUUUGAAAAUAAGGAGGGUCUAUAUUUUUUUGACGAGUGGGUCAGAACAGGUACCGUACCGAAACAACGUGAUAGAAUUGAUGAGAGAUUUGUAUAAGUACAAUGACGACAUUUUCAAGGGUCUUUUUGCGGGUCAGGCGUCAAAGUGUUCCGCCAGAUGGUGGGAGCUACGGAGACGGUCAGACGUCAAAGUGUUCCGCCAGAUGGUGGGAGCUACGGAGACGAAGCCGUGGCGAGGGUGGAAGGCGGUGGGGGGGGGAGCGCCAGCUGCGGUGAAGGCGGAAGGCCGCGUUGGGCGAAGGCAGAAGGUGGGGGCAAGGAGGAAGAUGGGGUUGAGGCAGCCGUGGCGAGGGUGGAAGGCGGUGGGGGGGGGGGCGGCAGCUGCAGCGAGGGCGGAAGGCCGCGUCGGGCGGAGGCGGAAGGCGGGGGCAAGGCGGAAGAUGGGGGGGAGGCAGCCAUGGCGAUGGCGGAAGGCAGGUGCAAGGUGGAAAAUGGGGGGAGGCAGCCGUACGAUGAUGAGGUGGAAGAUGGACGGGGGUGGCAUCUGCGGCGAGGGCAGAUGGCGAAAUUGAGCGGAGGUGGAAGGCGGAAGAUGGGGGCGGAGGCAUCCGUGGCGGGGCGGAAGGCAGCGGGGGUGGGGCUGCAGCUGCAGCGAGGACGAAAGGCGGUAGGGGGUGGGGUGGCAGCUGUGGUGAGGGCAGAAGGCCGCGUCGGGCGGAGGCGGAAGGAGGGGGCAAGGCGAAAGAUGGGGGGAGGGAGCUGUGACGGUGAUGAGGUGGAAGAUGGAGGGGCGGCAUCUGCAGAGAGGCGGAAGGCCGCGUCGAGCGGAGGCGGAAUGAGGCGUCGAGCGGAGGCGGAAGGCGACGUCGAGCGGAGGCGGAAGGCGGCGUCGGGCGGAGGCGGAAGGCGAAAGAUGGGGGCGGAGGCACCCGCGGUGAGGGUGGAAGGUGGCGGGGUUGGGGCUGCAGCUGCGGCGAGGGCGAAAGGUGGUGCACCGUGAAGGCCGGAGAGGGCUAUUACGAAUCCCUGUGCUAGAAGGCAGAGGGACUGAAAAGUGUAGGGCCAACAGUGCCACAACAG